AAGAAACAGAAGUUGAAGGAAGUGAGAUUGAAGUUGUCGUUGAUUACGAUCUCACUGGUCUCAAAGCAGUCAGUGUUCCCAAGUGCAGGGCGAUGGUCGAUAAAAAGAGCACAAAUGAAGCAGACUUCUUCACUGAAUACGGCAAAGCGAGCCGAUACCAGAUUCAUGAGGUGGUUGGCAAGGGAAGUUAUGGGGUCGUCGGCUCGGCCGUGGAUACCCACAAUGGAGAGAAGGUGGCAAUCAAGAAGAUAAACGAUGUCUUCGAGCAUGUUUCGGAUGCUACUCGCAUCCUGCGAGAGAUCAAGGUGCUUAGGUUGCUCCGCUACCCUGACAUUGUAGAAAUUAGGCACAUAAUGCUUCCUCCCUCGCGGAGAGAAUUUAAAGAUAUUUAUGUUGUUUUCGAGUUGAUGGAAUCUGACCUUCAUCAAGUUAUUAAAGCAAAUGACGAUCUCACGCCUGAACACCAUCAGUUUUUCCUAUACCAGCUUCUACGAGCUAUGAAGUAUAUCCACACUGCCAAUGUUUUUCAUCGGGAUUUGAAGCCAAAAAAUAUUCUUGCAAAUGCGGAUUGUAAACUGAAAGUUUGUGACUUUGGUCUUGCUCGUGUUUCAUUUGAUGAUGCUCCCUCGGCUAUAUUCUGGAUGGAUUAUGUGGCAACACGAUGGUACCGUGCUCCUGGACUAUGUGGCUCUUUUUUCUCCAAGGUAACCCCUGCGAUUGAUAUUUGGAGUAUAGGAUAUCAGUUGGAUCUCAUGACCGACCUACUUGGCACUCCACCUCCUGAAACAAAUUCAAGGAUCCGAAAUGAAAAGGCUAAAAGAUAUUUAAAUGGAAUGCGCAAAAAACCUCUGAUUCCUUUCUCACAGAAGUUCCCUGAUGUAGAUCCUUUGGCUUUACAUCUACUUGAACGCCUUCUUGCAUUUGAUCCUAAGAAUCGUCCAUCUGCAGAAGAGGCUAUCCAUGCAAGAUUAGGAGAGGUGGUGUAGCUCGAGUCUUCUUUUGACGAUGAUUAGGGAUGAAAUAAUGUGUCUUCCCC